AUGGACGAUCAUAGAAGAGACGACCACAAAGACAGAUUUGAUCAUUUGCAUCACGCUCCAUCUAAAGAGGACUUGCCUGAGAAGCAGUAGAUUCAACUCAACCUCUACUCAAAGCAAUUGGAUUUCUUUGCAUUUGAGAAUCAUAUGAGAUAGAUCAUGCACACAGUAUUAGAACCUAUUUCUUCAAAGUUGUCGGAUAACAGAUUAUCAGUCGAUUUAUUGAGAAAAGAUUUUGAGAUAAGCGAGAGAAUAGUCUCAAAUCUAGAGGAAAUAGUAUUAAAUAAAUAGAAAAAGAAUAAUCUCACUGUAUUCGACAAACUCUACAAUAAGCUAGCAGAUAUAGCGAGCGAAUCUCACGAGAGAGAUGAAGAAUUAAAAAAGAAAUUAGAUAUCUUGACAAUCAGAGUCAGCUAGAAUGAAGAAAAUAUAUUCACCCUAUUGGCAUAAAAUCAAAGAAUUGAAUCACAUAUACAUAUAGCUUUAAAAGAUGUCUCCACAGUCUAAACUGAGACUUAACAGUUCAAAGAAAAAGUAGAGACCAUACUGAAGGAAGAAACUGACUAAGUGAAUCAAAGAUGGGCUUAGAUAAGGCUCAGAGUGAAAUAGAUAAAUGAUCUCGUAAAUGAUGUUUAAAAAUAAUAAAACUUCGCACAAGAUGACAUUAGUAGAUAAUCAAACAUGUUGAUCUCCCACUAGACCUACAUUGAAGCCAUGAACAGACGAAUAACCCUUAACGAGUAGAUCAAACUAGAUGAAAAAACAUUUCAGUAAAAUGAGAAAAUGAUUGACUAAAGAUUGAAGGAGUUGAACAAUAAAUGUAUCGAUGUGAUGAAUAAUUUGAAGUCUACAGAUAAUUACUUGGAAAAGUAUCUGCCUUUUAAUGUAUUCUGCUAGCUAUUUGAGGUAUUAAGACUAACUUUAGACUAAAAUCAUAUAAAAAGAGUCAAGGAUUAUGAGGAAUUUAGGUUGAAAGAACUGUAUGAUAUAAUCUUGACUGACUAGGGCGAUACUAAAACCACAUUCAACAAGAAGUAUGUUAUUUAACCAGUGGGUUAUAAUUUUGACGAGCUAAAGAGCAAUGAAACAAAGCUUCAAUCAAAAAGUAAAAGAUUUAUUAUGGGUAGACCAAGCUUAUCUUCAUCAAUUAAGCUUGAUGACGAAGGAAAUCCAAUACCAGAUCCCAUAAGGCAACCAGGGAAAAAUUCAUUUUAUGGAAUGGGAGCUCGUUUCUAGUAAAAGAAAAAGAAUCCUAGGAAGAAAAACGAUUCUUUGCCAGAACUCACUAGAGCUUCUUAAUCUAUGAAGGAACAAAGGCCAGAGCCAAUGACUGCAAAAGAUCUUAAGAAUUCUCCCUUAAAAACUUUAGUUGAAGAUCCCAAAGGAGAAGAUUUCAGUUAAAUUACAUUUAGUGAUGAGGAGGAAGAAGUGGAUGUUGAAGUAGACGAGAGAAUGAAUGAUGCUAUUGAAGAUCUCUUAGCUAAUAUGCACGAAGAUAAUAGCAGUUUAGGCAUAAAAAAUCUAGAUUAUCUUAAGAAAAAGUUAUUUGAUCCAGAGAUAGAACUUAUUAUGAAGAAAGUCGAUACAAAAAUAAUUGAAAUGAAUUAGAAAUUUGAAGAGGAGCGCAAGAAAUUCCUAGUUGAUUAUCAAAUAAUCAAUUCUCAUAAGAACUCUGUUAUAGAAACCUUUGCACUCGAGAUUGAUGGGUUCAACAAAAAGAUGGCUGAGCAUUAAACGAAUCUAUAGUCUGGUAUAUAGAAGUUUUAGAUAUAAAUUGACAAACUGCAGAAUAUGUAUAAUUACCUAUCCAUUAAGAUAGAGAAUGUAAGAGCUAAGAGUCAAGGUCCUAGUGGUAGCUCUACAAGUCACUCAGUAUAUCAUACUCAAAUGAGGAACAACAUGACAGAGAUAAAGAGUAGGAAUUUACAUUCAUCUACCUUAAUCACAGAUCAUGGAAAUAGGACAAAUCAGACAAAUGCUAGUACAAGAAUAUCUAAUUAUAAUGUUACUAGCGCCCUAGAUUAAAUUAAAAGCUACAAUAACCAGAAUCUUUACAUAUAAGGUGGACAGGUUAUCACAUCCAGUGACUCUUUGAAUUAAACUGUACAUGUUGGAGGCAAAGAAGAUGUUCACUUGCAUUCCUAGAAUGUUUUUUAGACAGCUGAAAAUAGACCAAGGACUGCGAUUAUCAGGCCUCAUAAAUCCAAGAACAAGAGAAUGAUAGUUAUACCAAUGAAUAAUAGCAAUAACAAUAACAAGCAAGAUGCAAGUUUGUAAAAUUCCCUUAUACUCUGA